AUGCCCGGAGGGCUCACAGACACCCCGCAGCAACCCCACCAACUCUCAAGCAGGUCCCAUGGACGACUACCUGCAAACCCCCGCAGCCUUGACACGCGAGCAGGUGGGCCCAGAAAUAGCCGAUGCCCGACCUGUUCACAGCCCCUGGAGGCCGAAAGCUCCACACUCGCCAACGUCAGCGCGGACAUCAGGGCAGUGGCAUGCCAGAUGGUCACAAAAACUGACCUCCGGACCCUAUCGGGCGAUCUACACACCGCAAUCCACUUUGAGGUGGCUGCCCUAAAGUCUGAGAUCACGGUGCAUGGUGGCAGGCUCCAAAAACUGGAGGAGACUGUACGAGACACGGUGGAGAAGGCAGGAACCAACACUACUGUGACCACCAGACAAGGGAACAUGCUACUGGCCCUGCGAAGACAGACAGAGGACCUGGACAAUAGGGGCCGCCGCUCCAACAUCCGCGUUCGCGGACUGCCUGAACCAUCCACCGAGGAAGACAUGGAGGCCACGCUGAAGGCCCUAUUCCGAGAAAUACUAGGAGCUGACAUGCCAGAUAACCUAGCAUUUGACCGAGCACACAGAGCAAACAGACCCAGGCUAGCAGACAACAUUCCACGAGACAUCAUCUGCUGCCUGCAUCACUAUAAGCACAAAGAAAGCAUAAUGCUAAAGGCACGCUCUAGGCCAUUAUGGAGAUUCCGUGGAGCGGACGUGGCCUUAUUUCAAGAUCUUUCACCGCUCACACUCAACGCCCGAAGGGCCCCUAUAACAUCCCCUAUAAAUGGGGGUUCCCUUUUGCUCUACUUGCAAGACACCAGAAUGACUGAGUGCCCCUGCGCUGGCCGGAGGAGUGCCUGGGAUUUUUGCACUGCAUGGGCCUACCACCCACUGAAAUAA